CCGCCAUUGUCGGUGUAUAAUAUGUGUUAAACGGUGUAUCGUCGACCCACUAUAUAUUAUUAUAAAACAACAACCGGCGAUAGCGGACUUCCGAUGUGACGGACUCUGGCCGGGGAAUCCUCGCCAAACCGACAGUGCCGUCUAUUAGACUGUUGGAACGUUACCGUGUUUGUGCGUCGUUUGAGCGGCGCGACCGUUAGGCACCGUCGUCUUGUGUGAAUCGUUAACUUAAUAAUAAUACACUAUACUUGCACACACUCGGGCCAAAUCACGAGUGGUGGUACGACCAACAGGUACGUUCGGUCGUAACAGUGUGCGUGCACUGGCCAGAUAGGGCGGCGAGAACGGUGAGUGCGGGCACGGUGGAAAAUCAAUAUAGGCUCUCUAGUUUUUCCCGGCAGAGAAAAAAAAUCGUUUUUCGUCUAUACCGCGGAUGUGAAGUUUUCGGUCGGCCGACAAGUCGCACAUUUGCACGGAUACAAUUAUUUAUUAUUAUCCUCGCCUCACAUACAUAUGUAAUAUUAUUAUUAUCAUACCGCCACGGUGUACUCGCAUUUUUUCCCCCAGUAACUUUUGAGCGGCUCUCCGCCGGAGUGCGUUGCGGACCGCCAGGUGGCGCCGCCGCCGUCCUUGUCCCCUUUAUCGACCGAGCUUUUGAUCCCCCCGUCCUACUGCCCCCUUUUCGCCACGGACUUCCAGAACCGAGUUCGAGACCGUAGCCACUCGUGUGUAGUGCACACACGCUCGCUUCAAGUGUCCGCGGCAGAUUCGAAAACAACAACAACAACCAAAAAAAAAAAACAGCAGCAGGAACAGCGCCGCUUAUCGACCGACCGAUGAGACACGUCUGAGUCGCGGAGUGCACACGUCCCAGCAAACGCGCGCCCGCCGUCGUCACCGUCGCCGCCCUCUCCCCAAAAAAAACUAUCCACUCUAUACUUAGGUAUCUCUAUCGCCGAGUUCACUGCAAAGGACUCCGAAGUCCACACGUAACAGCAGCACACGCAAAAACCCCACAGCGGCGUUAGGUCGAGAUGGCCGGUCAAGACAACAAAUGGGUGAAGGAAGGAGCCGAUCAGAAUUUCGAUUACAUGUUCAAGCUGCUGAUCAUCGGCAACAGCAGUGUGGGUAAAACGUCGUUUCUGUUCCGGUACGCCGACGACAGCUUCACGUCCGCGUUCGUGUCCACCGUGGGCAUAGACUUCAAAGUCAAAACAGUGUUCAGGCACGACAAGCGCGUCAAACUCCAGAUAUGGGACACGGCUGGCCAAGAACGUUACAGGACCAUCACUACGGCAUACUACAGAGGCGCCAUGGGAUUCAUUCUGAUGUACGACAUAACUAACGAGGAGUCGUUCAACAGCGUCCAGGACUGGGUGACGCAGAUCAAGACGUACUCGUGGGACAACGCGCAAGUAAUACUGGUUGGCAACAAGUGCGACAUGGAACACGAGCGGGUGAUAUCCUACGAAAGAGGAAAGGCGCUGGCCGAUGAGCUGAACAUCGAGUUCUUUGAAACAUCUGCAAAAGACAACCACAAUGUCAAGGCCGUUUUCGAACGUCUCGUGGACAUCAUCUGCGACAAGAUGUCGGAAAGUUUGGACUCGGACCCGACACUGGUGGCCGGAGCCAAGGGCACUAGACUCACCGAACAACCGCAGGGCCCGAAUAACUCGAAUUGCAACUGUUAAUUUUGAAUACCGUUGUAUUAUAAUUUUUUUUUUUUAAUAAUAAGCAAACAACCCGUUAAAAACUUCCGUUAUAAAAAAAAAACAUAAUAACAUGAUAAAAUAUAAUAAUAUAAUACUGAAAGGCGGAAAAUUGC